CCAUGGCAAUUUGCAGCCCGAUUCUGAUUUUCAUUAUGUUACACUACACUGACUGCAAAGCCACAGCAGAAUUAGAGGAGAAAUCUAAUGGAUUAUAUUUGGAAAAUUCUGCCUUGGCAGAUUACAGUUGUAUUUUUCUCUUUGCGCUCUAUUUCAGCCAAACAUGUCCUCUCCAGAGAGAACCAGCACUGUGCACUUGACGCUGCUAUUUUUCACCCUGUUUUAUAUUUCAGUGUGCACAUCCUGUAGUCUUAGAGCAGCCAUCUCUCUCCAUCCUGGAAAAAUCACUAAGGAGGGAGCCUCAGCCAUGGGUGUUGGUCCCUUGCCAAGAUCUGCAGCUCUGGACCAAUGUUGGGCACAGCAGUGUCCUAGAUAGAGAAAAUAUGUGACAACUCCCAUUUACAUGGGUCAUGUUCUCUGCCUCCUAUCAUCUCAAUAACCAAUCUGCUCCCCAUCUGUAACUCCCUCCUUCAAAAAAGUGUCCCUGUUUUGGUCAAUUAUUUGUUGCAGGAGCCUUUCUUGCUCCUAGAAAGCCUCAGACUCUCUUAUCCCAGCUGCUGUGCCUCUGAGGCCCAAAGUUGGCUGUUAAAUGGACUGAUCAGAAAAGGGUGAAGUGAGAACCAGGCAGAAAGUUAACAUAUGGCGGAGAAUAGUUUUGGGACUGUCCUGAGUUCCCAGUACUCAUGAUCUAUAAGGCUCCAGUUUAUAAACAAGGUCAGAGUUGGAGUGGUGUUCUACUGUGUGCCUCCCUGGUGGCUGCUUGGUUGACCACAACCAGAGUCUGGUUCAUCUCAAGCCAUUGUCAUAGAAAAGAGCAUCAUGCAAAUGGGGAAAAAACAAUUGGAAGAGUAUAAGAAUAGUAUUUGGAUCUUAAGACCCCAAAAUGGAAAAUGAAACUCAUCUGCAUUGUCGUGUUUGUGUCUUGUUUCGGGGCAGGACAAUGAUGAUAGCUGUAGUCAGAGAAAACAGAAUGAGAGAGAGAAUUGCUGAGGGAGUUUUUAUUGCAUUUUCAGGGUAUGCAUUUGGACCAACAUUUAAGUCUUGUGAAAAACAAGCUUUUAUAAAACCUAAGACCUAUAGAAACGUUUCCAUUAUUGUUUUAAAAUUAUUCUAUCGGAAACGGUAAUUUAAAAAACAACCAUUCCCCUGCUUGUCUGCAGAUCUGGUAUUCCAACAUUCCUCUAGACAGUUAGAAAAUCGUAUUGACUAGACACUGACUAGUAUAUUUUCACCAACUAGUGCGAACAAUUGACCUACCAAAUGUACAAUAAAAUCUAUCUGUUGGUUAAAAUACUUUGGUUUGGUAACCCAAGUGCUGAUUGUAAUAUAGGCUAAAAUAAUGAACUUUUCAAAAAAUGUUUUGUAAUCUAGCCAUAUUUAUUUUUAUGGUUUUCAAUUCUGGUUGUUUUUGCUACAGACAAUCAUAAAAUCAGUUAGUCUUUAAGGUGCCACCAGACUCCUCAUUGUUUUUAUAAAAUCUGUAGGUUAGUCUCCUACAUUGCUCUUUGUGCUGGGAGAGGGCGUUUCUGCCAUUGUGAGAUUUUGGAUUAUUCCAGAUGGGCCAAAUUCUCCUUGCCUCAGCACACUCCCAAGGAAGUCAGUGAGAGUUUUGCCAGAAUAAAGAAUGAAUAAAAGUGAGCAAGGACUUUAGGAUUUGACUCCUCAGGGUGAGAGAGAGAGAGAGAGAAUACAGCUCUCUGGUUUUAAAGGCUCAGCCUUAAACCUGUUUUAAAUUACCAUUGUUUCUGGACUGUGGGGAAAGGUACAAGAGAAUCAUCCAGCACUUUCUGGGGCUGACAGAAUUUAUCAGGGACUUGUGCCUGGGCAGAUGAAUUCAGUGAGAAUCCCUUUCUUGUUACUGCAGUACUGGCUGUGAGUAAGGUGCUUCUGCUUGCUUAACAGCAGCUGAGAAGGAGGGUGGAGAUCUGCAGUUUUUUUACAGGGAUUGGUGUAGUCAGGUUUCAAUGCAAAGCACGUGUGAAUGAUCCAGUGCUGCCUUUUCGAUCUGUCACUGAUACAGAGUGAGCCGGGAGAAUGGGGCAGGUCGGUUGGAAGGGUCUGUGUCUGUCGCUUUUUGAUUAUAAAACCGAAAAAUAUGUCAUUGCAAAGAACAAGAAGGUGGGGAUUCUCUAUCGAGUGGUGCAGCUGUCCAUCCUGGCUUACCUGGUGGGAUGGGUAUUUGUCGUCAAGAAAGGCUACCAGGACUCGGACACCUCCAUCCAGAGCUCCGUCAUCACCAAGCUGAAGGGCGUGGCUUUCACCAACACCUCGGAGCUGGGGGAGAGGCUGUGGGAUGUCGCCGAUUACGUCAUUCCCCCACAGGGUGAAAAUGUUUUCUUCGUUAUGACAAAUCUGAUUGUGACUCCAAAUCAAAGGCAGGACACAUGCCCUGAGAGUACUGGCAUUCGAGACGCACUGUGCAGCAAGAACAGGGACUGCCCUGCGGGGGAAGCUGUGAUAGCUGGCAAUGGGGUCAAGACUGGCCGCUGUUUGAAAGUCGGGAGCAACACCAAUGGGACAUGUGAAAUAUUAGCGUGGUGUCCGGUGGAGAAAAAGUCCAAGCCCAAGAAGCCGCUUUUAGCGAAUGCAGAAAACUUCACUGUUUACAUCAAAAACUCGAUCCGCUUCCCUAAGUUUAAAUUCUCCAAGACUAAUGUGCUAAACACUGAUGAUGAAUUCUACCUGAAAAACUGCCACUUCAGUGCACAGCACCUUUACUGCCCCAUAUUCCACCUGGGCAAACUCGUGAGCUGGGCUGGGAACAACUUUCAGGACAUGGCAUCUAAGGGUGGUGUGAUAGGAAUUCAGAUUGAAUGGGACUGUGAUCUUGAUAAACCUCCUUCUGAAUGCAACCCUCACUAUUCUUUUAGCCGUCUGGACAACAAGUUUGCGGAAAAAUCCAUUUCCUCUGGAUACAACUUCAGAUUUGCCAAAUAUUACAAGGAUGCUGAAGGAGUCGAGUACAGGACACUGAUAAAAGCCUACGGAAUACGCUUUGAUGUGAUGGUGAAUGGCAAGGCAGGUAAAUUUAACAUCAUUCCAACGAUAAUCAACGUGGGCUCAGGACUUGCGCUUAUGGGUGCAGGGGCUUUCUUCUGCGACGUGGUGCUGCUGUAUUUGAUGAAAAAGAGCAACUUCUAUCGAGGCAAAAAAUAUGAGGAAGUGAAGUCCAGUUCAAGGAAGUCUUUACCAGGUGGAACAGUGAAUGGGAACCAGAACUCAGAAUCACUGGCUACAUUAGAGCAGCAGAGACAACUACAGACAGUUGAGACCUAAGGGUCUGUCAAUUGGAAAACAUGUUCCAUAAAGACUACGGUGGUAAAACACAGCAACCAAACUUUGAGGUGGAGACACCCCUGGUCAGGUCUAUUGUAUCAUUUGGAUGCCCAGAGAAGAAGUCAGUUAUAGCUAUUCUGUUCAAGAGAGCAGUUUGCUAAAAAUAUCACACCUUCUGACCUAAGGCAUUCUUCCCUAUCUUGAGCUGAUGACACCUGUCAUUGCUACAGAAUUUUUGUAUUAUAAAGAAAAAUGUAGAAGAAACCAGGUGACAUUUUUAUAUGCACAUACAUAGAUAACCAGCAUUAUUCUCUAGCACUGCAUUGCUUUGCUAGUGAAAGAUCACUGACAUCAAAGAACACGUGGCAUUUGACAUUGUUAGGAGGGUUGAGGUUGGGAAAACAGAAUCACCUUCUGUUCAGCUGCACUGCAACACCAGUUCCCAAGUCUUGCAUGAUCUACCUGUAAGAGUAGAUUGAAAUAAUUUGGGCUGCUGUUGAGAUAAAUGAGAUCCAGUGUUCCAUUCAAUUUGUCUGUAGUUCAGAUAACAUCAUACCACAGGUAAAGUGACUCUAAAGAUGUUUUCACAGGAAGAGCACUUACUAUAUAGAUCAUGGUAUCCUCCUAUUUCCAUAGAAGCACUUUACCAACCCCACUCCAAAACCAAACAGGCUCAGUGAUAUUUGCAGUUGGCCUGGGAAAGCUCUCAUGAGCAAAUAAAUACAGAACUUCUGUUAAAUCUAGUGUUUAAAAAUACCAGAAUAACCUACAGUAAAGGGAUGGGGUUUGUCCCCUAGUAAUUGGUCCAGGUAACUGGACAUUUUGGGGUACAAGAAAGCAUAGUGUGGCACAGCAGGUAGCUGAUUAGGGGAAUAUUUUGAAACAAGUUGGGUGAUACUUCUUUCUAAGGAAGUUGACAAAUGCUUGUAUGACUGGCCUGAUAACACUUUUGUCUGCAUUUUCUUUUGAACAAACUGCCCUUGGAAGCUGAAUGUGGAAAGAAAGUAUCAAACAUUCAGUGUGUUAACAGCAUGCAUCAAGGCACCUGUCAAUGACAGCACAUUCAAUGACCAAGCCUCCCUUCCUUUACCAGUUGGUUUCAUCUGCUUUUCUCAGCAACUCCCUUUUAUUGUCAUUGUGCUUUUUGUGUAGCUCAUGGAUGAUUAUCCUCUCUACCUUACUUACUCAUUCCUGACAGAGGAGGAAUUUGAUACUUCUGCCAGUAGGAAUGGAUAGUCACUGUUACUGGGUCAGGCACGCUCUAGUGAGGGACACCUACUGUGUCUGCUCUUUCGUUAUCCAUAGUUUGAAAUGUGGGGGUGUGGGAGGGGAAUAGCACCAAUUGAACUUGUUUCCCAAGUCAUUCUGUAUCUCCUAACCCCACAAGUUACAGGAUUUAUUUAAAAGUUAGAAAUCUAAUACUUAAAAUUUUUUUUUUUUGCUCCAUUGGUUUUUGACUCUAAGCUCUGUGGCCUAAAUUCAGAUGGUGAUAUAACUUCCCAAAAAACACUAGGAAGCAAAACCACAAAAGUCAAUUCUACUUGGCUCUGUGCUUCCUUAGAAUGAAUUUGACUCGCUAGCCUUGGAUGAAAAUGGUAGGUGGUGAAGAUUAAUCUGCCUUGUUUUGAAAUAUGACAUUAAUAGUCCUACGUCAGUCUUUUCACUCAAUUAAAAAACUGGUGAAUGAUGUGUUAAGGUGAAACCUGACAGCAUUAGCUUGAUGCAAACAGGACUGUGUAAACUUACUAAGCCAAUAUAACUAUCUUAACCAUCUAUACUUAAGUAGUUUUUGAAGCUGAAACAAAUAUAAUACAAUGCUGUAUCACCUCAUACUACGGUAUGAUUCACUCAAACAGCUCAUCAGAAAUAAAAACAAGGCUAGGCCUGCUUUGUAGUCUAAUACUUUAACUUGCCCAAAUAAUGCUACCUUGUUAGAAAGGACCUAACUUACUUCCAGAGUUGAAGACUUUAGGUCCCUCAUCACAAAAUUUGAUCCCCAUUUUUUUUCUUUAAACUCUGUACAGAGAUUAUUCAUAAACAGUAACUACCGGAUUCUCAGAAGGUUUUUUUUUAAAUAGAGUUUGAUAUUUUUCUUGGACAAAUUCCACUGCUAUAUAUUAACUCCAUUUUAGGACAAUGUUGCGUCUCUUCUGUAAGUUGCAUUAUUUUAGAUAAUGGUGAUUAACCAUAUACAUGCUGGUUUCUCCAUUUUGUUUUGAAAAGCAUGCACAACAUCUGAACAAGCAGCAAAGAGUCCUGUGGCACCUUAUAGACUAAGAGACGUAUUGGAGCAUAAGCUUUUGUGGGUGAAUACCCACUUCGGCGGAUGCAAGCAUCUGACAAAGUGGGUAUUCACCCACGAAAGCUUAGGCUCCAGUACGUCUGUCUAAUAAGGUGCCACAGGACUCUUUGCCGCUUUUACAGAUCCAGACUAACACAGUUACCCCUCUGAUACUCAACAUUUGAACAGUACAAGUAUAUUAAUAAAGCUGCCCAUCUAAGCAUAGCUAAAGUGCCCAUGUUUAAAAGAUGCAUGAUAAUAUAGAAAAAUAGCUCUGACAGAAUUAAGUAACUAGACCAUGUUAUUUUGCAGGCGACCAAAGAUAAAACUAUUGUAAAUAUAUAGUAUGGCUGACAAUAUUAAUAGUAUCAUUGUCAAUUUCCCUUUAUCAUAUAUAACAUCUUUGUUUUAAUAUUAAAUAAAGUUUAAAAUAGAGGGAAGACUACUUUAAAAAAAGCAUUUCAAAGUAUAAGUGGGAAAAUGUUUUACACUGACUGUUCUGUGUCACUGGUUAGUAAUUUAUGCUUUAGAAUAGGGUGAACUGCAAUAAUGCUACUGACUAUUUGAUUUUCUCCUCGUAUGGAAAUACUGCUAAGUGUAUAUAAGUGUGCUUCAGAGACCUGUCACCAUACAAGUGCAGAGACUAUAUACCCAUUCACUAAGAAAAUGGAUGAAGAGGGAUUGCAGGGUCUAUCCUAUAGCUAAAAGCUACAGUUUACAGCUCAGUCUGUCCUUGAUUUUCUUGCAGAAAAUGAAGUAUAUUACCACAAUAAUGCAUUGUAUGUUUGGGGAAAUACUAAGAGUGAGUCUAUUCCAGAUCUCUGGCCGGGGGUUUGUUCACAUUAGCUAUAAUGAAUACCGAUUCUUAGGAUACUGUGGUUUCCUUUGGCAUAAUGUAGUAUGGCAGUGGAAAGCAUUGUGCUACUUAUUACCUUUUAUAUCUGCCAUUAAAAAAAAUGCUCUGCAAAGUCAAUGUAUGGAAGAGAUUGAAAUGUUUUAGUAGCUUUAAUUUCCUGUUUGUAAAGUGACUGCACCCAGGAUCACUUACACGAAUGAUCCAGACAAAUAAGAUACUUCUGUCCAGAGUUUCAUGUACAUUUAAUUACAUAUUACUGUGAAAUUAA